GUGUAAUUCUCUGGGAAGUAUAUAAAAGAUGUAUCUUAACUGAACAUCAACGACCCUUUUGUCUACUCCAUUAACUCUUCUUCUUCUUGUUAUUUCUGCUUCAGUUUCAACUAUGGAAGAAUCUCUGUUGCCCGGAGAGAGUAGCAGCAACAGUUGGGGACGGAUUCGGAAUCGGAGGAGGGUUGGUUCCAUGUUUGAUCCCAGAGAUGCUAUUGCUCAUGGAUCUGCUUAUCAAAAAGCUGCUGCUUUAGUUGAUCUUGCUGAAGAUGGCGUUGGUCUACCUGAGGAAAUUCUUGAGGGAACGAGCUUUGAAAAGGCAGCACAAUUGUACUUCAUGUUUACUCGUUUUGACUUCCUCUGGUCACUUAAUUAUCUUGCACUAGUACUUAUAAACUUCUUUGAGAAACCAUUGUGGUGCUCCAGGCAUUUAGCUGAGUCAUGCAAUAAUAGAGACUACUACUAUCUAGGACAGCUGCCAUUUUUGACUGGUGCUGAGUCCCUUAUAUAUGAGGGUGUUACUCUUCUUCUUCUUGUUAUACACAUUUUAUUUCCAAUAUCAUAUGAAGGCUUCCAUCUCUACUGGAGAAGUCUUCUCAACAGACUGAAGGUCGUUUUGCUGUUAAUCUUGGUUGCGGAUAUUGUGGUCUACAUUCUCUUUCUAGCAGACUUCUAUUAUCUUCCAUUCCGUAUUGCAUCCUAUCUCCGUGUGGUGUUCUUUAUUUUGAAUAUUAGGGAAUUACGAGAUAGCUUCUUCAUCCUUGCAGGAAUGUUUCGGACCUACCUUAAUGUUGUGGCUUUAACUGCGUUAUUUCUUCUAUUCUCGAGCUGGUUAGCAUAUGUCUUCUUUGAAGACACACAGCAGGGGAAAACAAUGUUUACUUCAUAUGGCACUACGCUGUACCAAAUGUUUGUUUUAUUCACCACAUCAAACAACCCAGAUGUCUGGAUUCCUGCAUACAAGGAAUCACGGUGGUAUUGCUUGUUUUUUGUUCUAUACGUGCUAUUGGGCGUUUACUUUGUUACCAACUUAGUUCUUGCUGUUGUAUAUGAUAGCUUCAAAAGUGAGCUUGUAAAACAAGUAGCUGAAAAAGAUCGACGGAAGCUAAGGACUUUGAAGAAAGCAUUUAGCUUGAUUGAUGACAGCAACACUGGGGUCCUCGACAAGAAGCAAUGUAUCCUUCUGUUUGAGGAACUUAACAAAUACAGAACAUUGCCAAAAAUAUCAGGAGAUGAUUUUGAGUCAAUAUUCAAUGAGCUGGAUGAUACUGGUGACUUUAAGAUAAAUUUGGAAGAAUUUGCCGAUCUGUGCACUGCAAUCGGACUAAGAUUUCAGAAGGAAGAUUCACUGCCAAUCUUUGAAGCAUGUCCGAAUUUCUAUCAUUCAGCAGCAUCUGAGAAGUUGAGAGACUUCGUCCGUGGCGAUACAUUUGAGUACAUAAUAGUGUCCGUUCUCCUGGUCAAUCUUGUUGCUGUUAUUAUUGAAACCACGCUCGAUAUUCAGAACAACUCAGGUCAAACCUUUUGGCAGAAGGUGGAGUUCACAUUUGGCUGGCUGUAUGUUAUCGAGAUGGCACUAAAAGUGUACACUUACGGUUUUGAGAACUAUUGGAGGGAUGGUCAAAAUCAAUUUGAUUUUAUCGUCACUUGGGUCAUUGUUAUUGGAGAAACAGCUACUUUUGUAGCCCCUGAUGAUCUGACCUUUUUGUCCAAUGGAGAAUGGAUUCGUUAUCUUCUUAUCGCAAGAAUGUUACGAUUAAUGAGACUCUUGCUGCACGUAGAGCGAUAUCGUGCUUUUGUUGCCACAUUUUUGACCCUCAUACCAAGUCUGAUGCCGUACUUGGGGACCAUAUUCUGCAUCUUGUGCUUUUAUUGCUCUCUUGGUUUACAGAUCUUUGGUGGGAUUGUCAACGCUGGAAACCCCAAUUUAGCCCAAACUGAGCUUUCUGAUAAUGACUAUUUGCUUUUUAACUUCAAUGACUAUCCAAGUGGCAUGGUCACAGUUUUCAACAUAUUGGUGAUGGGAAAUUGGCAAGUGUGGAUGCAGAGCUACAAGGAACUAACGGGGACUGCCUGGACUUAUGUCUACUUCGUCAGCUUCUAUCUUAUCUCAGUUUUGUGGCUGUUGAAUUUGAUUGUAGCAUUUGUCUUGGAAGCUUUCCAAGCAGAAAUGGAUCUAGAGGCUGCAGCAAACUGUGCGGAUGGUGAUGACAAGGAAUCAAGAAGUGAGCGGAGACGUAAUGUUGGCACUAAGACUCGGAGCCAGCGAGUAGAUUUCCUCCUGCAUCACAUGCUGAGUUCUGAACUAACAGAAUGCUCCCAUGACGAUCCAUAAGUUUACUCCUCCUUUUCUUCAUGCUGCCUUAUGCAGUCCUGUGAACAUCAGAAGUUGAGUUAUUUUGGUGGUGAAGCCAAAUUGGCAAUGUACAUUUCCAACUAGUUAUGAGUAUGUAUCGCGAAUUGUUAUGUGUUGUGUAUAAAUUCCAUCGAGCCUACGACAAGAUUGUAGCUGUUCCACUCCAUUCCUAGAUGUUAUUUAUCAGCAUCACACGCUGCUGUAUUACUCAGAUAUUGUACGAUGAUUUGUUUGUAGUUUUUUCACUCUGCUUCUCAAACAUUUAAAUGAAAACAUGAGGAAUGGAUUUAAACGAUUUUUCAUUUACA